UCCUUCCCCAUCCCUUCUCUCUCCUACUCGUAUUCAUGUGGAAUAAGAGAGGAAGUAGGGGGACUAGCGGAAGAGGAAGAAAGAGGAUCGUCCGCAGGGAGGAAGAGGAGAGAAGGAGAAUUAUAGCAAGUGACUCAAGAGACAUCACAGACCCAGUUUCGAUUCUGCCCCUCUCAGCAGCAGAACUACAAAGAGUAGAUUGUUUGGAGGAGGCCGGAAGGCAGAUACUCACUCGGAGAUAGAUAGCUAGAUAGACAGAAAAACAUGGGAGCUCAAGGUUCCAUGUAGGAAAGUGAGUGUUUCUUCCGCGUCGCUGAUUUGGACUAGCAGCCGAUCAUUACCAGAAACCAAAAGAAAGAUCGGUGAGUGAGAGAGACGAGACCAAGAACAACAUCUACCAUCAGCUUUGGUUUAGAAGGCGAUGGCUGCUUCGUCAUCGACUCAUUUCUUUGGAACCGUAGAGCAAGACCAGUACAGCCACCAACAGCCGUUGCCGCUGCCGCUGCCGCUGCCGCAAGCAUCAACGAUACCAGGCUCGUCGGCUGCUGCUCCUCAGAAGAAGAAGAGGAACCUCCCUGGAAAACCAAAUCCGGAUGCCGAGGUAAUAGCUUUGUCACCGAGAUCACUGCUGGCCACCAACCGAUUCGUCUGCGAAGUCUGCAACAAAGGGUUCCAGCGGGAGCAGAACCUCCAGCUCCAUCGGCGCGGCCACAACCUGCCAUGGAAGCUGAAGCAGAAGAACCCGGAGGAGGUCCGCCGCCGCGUGUACGUAUGCCCGGAGCCGACGUGCGUCCACCACGACCCGUCGCGGGCCCUCGGAGACCUCACCGGCGUCAAGAAGCACUUUUGCCGGAAGCACGGCGAGAAGCGGUGGAAGUGCGACAAGUGCUCCAAGCGUUACGCUGUGCAGUCGGACUGGAAGGCCCAUUCCAAGAUCUGCGGCACUCGCGAGUACCGCUGCGACUGCGGCACCCUCUUCUCCAGGCGAGACAGCUUCAUCACCCACAGAGCCUUCUGUGAUGCGUUAGCACAAGAAAGAGCAACGCUUCCCGCCGGCAUCAACAGCAUCGGCAGCCACUUGUAUGCAAAUAGAGGCAUAAACUUAGGCCUCCCACUACUGAAUGCGCAACUCUCCUUACAAGACCAAGCAUACCCUUCCACCGACCUCGUCCGGUUGAGGGCAAGUAACGGCGGUUCUACGCAAUUCGAUCACCUCAACGCUACCGUUUUCCGGCAGCUUCAGCCGCCACAUCCAUCCCCGUUCUACGCUGGUGGUAGCCCUAACCAUGGCUUCAACGAAGACCCGCAGUUCGCCUCAUCCUCUUCUUCUGCCGCAGCCGCUGCCGGUCUUUUCAACCUUGGCUUCUUCUCCAACAGCGGUGGCAACACUUCUGGAACCCAAAGCGGCAAUCUACUCGGCCCCGAUCAAUACAUCAACAAUGCAGGUGGCGUAACCGAGCCGACGAUGCUGAUCACUGGAAACCUGAUGAGCAACCACAUCGACACAAACAUGUCUUCUCUUUAUAACCCCUCCCUGCACAGUGAAGAACCGCAGAUGUCGGCGACCGCACUGCUUCAGAAGGCCGCCCAAAUGGGCGCAACAUCGAGCGGCGGCAGUCGAAGCUCAUUGCUCAGAGGCUACAGCGGCUCGUACUCGGCUGGUGCAGGGCAUGCUAGUUUCGAGAGCCCAGGGAUUCACGUAGAGAGUGAGAACCAUUUCCAGGACAUCAUGAACUCCCUUGCCAACGGGAACAAUGGUGUAUCCGGUGGUGUCAAUCAACAAGUGUCUGGAUUCAGUGGCUUCAUCCCAGACUCGGAUAAGAUGGAUGAGGGCAAGUUGCACCACAACCUAUCUGCCGGAGGCAUUGGAGGACCUGACAGAUUGACAAGAGACUUUCUUGGUGUUGGCAGCUUGAUGAGAAGCAUGGUGAGGGAACGGCAUCUCGGCAUGGGAAUGAGCAUUAUGGAUUCGGAGAAGAAGUCAGGAUCCUCUAAUCGACCAUUUGGUGGUGGGAGACUGCCAUAGCUGCUGUCAAAGACUACAAAGGAGAACUAAGUAGAGGAACGUAGCUAAUCAAGCUUGGUUUAUCUUCCAAAUCCCAUAUUUAAGUUUAAGGUGUUCUCAAGAUAGCAAUUUUUCGUCUUUCUUUCUUUUCUCUGUUUAUGACUGCUUCUUUGUUUUCUUCGUUCUCCUUGAAAUGUUUACUGUUCUAAUAAUAAAUCUGCUCUUU